UCAAUAUUUUGUUUCUUUUAUCAGGAUGGCACCCAGAAAGGGGAAGACUCAGCAGACGGAGCAAGUGGUGUUGGGACCACAAGUAAAAGAAGGCGAGAAUGUGUUUGGAGUUGCACACAUCUUUGCCAGUUUCAAUGACACAUUUGUACAUGUGACUGACCUGUCUGGAAAGGAAACCAUUGCCAGAGUCACUGGUGGAAUGAAAGUGAAGGCUGACAGAGAUGAAGCAUCCCCAUAUGCUGCUAUGUUGGCUGCACAGGAUGUAGCUGAAAAAUGUAAAACUUUGGGAAUUAAUGCCCUACACAUCAAACUGAGAGCUACUGGAGGAAAUAGGACCAAGACACCUGGACCUGGAGCUCAGUCAGCUCUUAGAGCUUUAGCUCGAUCAGGAAUGAAAAUUGGCAGAAUUGAGGAUGUUACACCUAUCCCAUCAGACAGUACCAGAAGGAAGGGAGGUCGCAGAGGUCGUCGUUUGUAAACUGCAAAUAAACUAUCAAAAAGACUCAAGUGUUGAAAUAUCAUUAUAAAAAGAUAUCAUUCUAUAUGCUAACGCAUAUUAUUUAAUGAGUUCUCAGCAGCUUGUUGAGUAGAAAAAAACAUAAAUAAAUGCCAGAUGUCCUUUAGUUACUCAUAUUUAUUAAUGUCUCAAAUAAAGAAGUAGACAUGC